UGUUAUUUUCCGCCCCACAACGGGUGUAAAACAUCCGGUAUCAUAUCCUCCAACAGUAAGAAAAUGCAUUUUCGUGCGAAUCGUUAGUUUUAAGUCGGGGAAAAUAGCUCAAUGAACGACGAAAAAACGUUCCCGUUACGCCUUGUGAGUUAUGAAGAAUUUAGGAAUGUGCAAUGAGUACUGGGAUUUAUUUAACAAAAAUUACGUAAUAUCUGGAAGAUAUCCUUGUCCAGAUUUGCCGAUUUUGCAUGUUUCAAUCGCCAUUUCUUCGGUGGAAGGUUACUCAACCGGAAUCCGCCAAUUUCCGAUCUAUUUUUCUUCAUGAAAGGCGGCAGCUUUUCCAACACACUCCAUUUCUUUGUGUUACAUAAGCGUUUUCCUCUUGAUCGUAACUAUCUCGCACACGAUUGUGCGUAAAAAAAGUAGUAAGCAAACGGGAACGUUUCAAAUGUUUAUCUAAUGUCAAAGAAAAGGAAGUGUUCCAUCGAUUGCUCCAAGGAUCAAGUACAAAAGCGAGAGCUAGCAAUGUACGAAGCUACAUGGAUUGGGCAUGCUUGUGAAUUAUGCGAAAAACCACUUGCUGGUUAGCAUAACAUAGCCAGCUAAUUUCAGGCCUUGUUACAGAACAGAAUAAUCAGAAAGAUGCAAAUUAAGCCAAAAAGACGAAACAAAACUCAGAUUCAGACAAACAGAUAAUCUACUGCUGUUGCUGUUGCUGCUGGUAGAAGAAGGAUUUUGACUGGAAGGACGAAAGCAUUGAAAAUACUGGUCAUUUCGUGGAGAAUACCAUUGAAGGUUGAAGUUGCGAAAGCUGUCAGGAGCAGCAAACUACCAGGAUUGCAUCAACUGAAUUGAUCGCAGAGCACUCGUCAAUCGGCACUAUCAACGGUCUAGCGCGCAUAGCACCAUCGCCAGCAACAGCCUUUUUAUAACGAUGCAGGAGAGCGAUGGGCGCUCGGGCGUAGUCCGUGACAGAGAUCGUGAGGAACGACAUCGAAGCCGAGAUUGGGAUCGUGACCGUGAUUGCGACCGUGAUCGUGAUCGCGAUCGUGACCGGGAUCGCGACCGUGAUCGGGAUCGCGAACGAAUGAGAGAUCGCAGCCGAGAUCGAUAUAGACACCGCGAUAGAAGUCGUGAGCAUCGACGCGAUGAUCAUCGGGUCGAUCGUUACAGAGAUGAGAAACGCAGGGAUCGCUACCGAGAUCGCUCGGAUCGGGAACGAAGUCACAAAAGUUCCCGAAGAGAUCACAGCAGAAGUAAAAGUCGUGAAAUCCGACGAAGACGAAGUAAAUCUCGCUCUCGCGAGCGACACCGUGAUGGUUCGCGUGAAAAAAGGCACCAUACGAAAGAUCGGGAGCGAUCCAAGCGUGAUUUGUCCGUAGAAAUCGAGCAGGAGUUGCUGCAUUUGAGGAAACUUUCUGAUAUGAAACAAGCAGCCGCUUUAAAGUCGGAAAAAUCUAAUCACAGCGAGUCUGAAUCUGAGUCCAAACCGAUGCCCGGAACGGAGAAUUCAAACAGUAAUAGCAAUAAAACCACAAACAUGGAUCAACUGAAACAGGAUUUAAGUAAAAUGUUCAACAGUAAUAAUAGCAACAAACAAACGGACUAUGUUCCGGAAAUUCAAACUGAAGAGGAACGCAUAGAGUUUCAGAAAAAGAUGCAGGAGAAACUGCAAGCUCAUCUGGCUGCCGAAGGAAAACUCUACCCUCGACCUAAACCAUCCCCGGCGGUCAACCCCGUGACGGGUUUUGCCAACGAUGGCUCGUUUUUGGAAAUGUUCAAAAGGAUGCAAGAACAGUUGCAAAGUGGUUGCAGCGGUUUUCAACCGAUGACCGAUGAGAGUGCGCUUGUGCAGGGCUACCAGCCGACCGGUUUGCUCCAGCCGGCACAAACAGCGACGAUUCAGCCGCAGCGCCAAGCAGUCCCCGUGUCAAUUGUCGGUCGCCGGCGCGGCGGAAAGAUUCUUAAAACCGGCAUCGUCAAAAAGCCGAAACCGAUUGAAGAUUCGUAUGUAGAAACUCCGAAUGAUGCGUGGAAUCUUUAUCUGCAGGAGGUGAAAAAGUAUAAGAACGCUUCCUGCGACGCAGAUUCCAAAACACGGCCGUUAGUCAAAUAAAAAUUUAGCGUGUGUGUUUCUCGGUGAUUUGAGCGAACGAAUUCGAUAUCGUGAGAAAGCAUGACGAGUUUGUAUUACUACUUAUCGAUUUACUAGAUAAGCCGAUUUCAUUAGCUGAAGAUGAAUUCAACAGUGUUCCGGAAAGCUAAUCACAUUUAUUGUGUAGUUAUACUUAAUAUUUCCGGUAGUAAAUAAGCUUUUUUUUUCUAGUUGUAUAAGUCGUGCCGGACGAAAUGCAUUUUCUUCUAACAUGUCUCACACUCCCUCUCUAACCAAUGAAACUGCAAACCGUGCAACCUAUUCUAACGAAUACAAACUUAUUCCCUCAUCGCAUACCCGUC